AGCAAGUGAGACAUCUUCGACGGCGCAUCGAGCAAAAUGAGUAUGAAGCGCAAGGAUCUCGUGAUUUCGAUGGCUGGUGGAAGGCCGUCGUGAGACUCGGACACUGCCGCCGGAUCAGAAGGAUUCGUCCCGAUGAAAGGACGAAAUCGCAAAUGGGAUUUGGCUUUAUAGCGGCAGGUCAGCGCCACGAAGUAAAGGAGCGCUUCGUUAUCAACGCCGAGCGAUGCCGAAUCGAAUGAAAGCCAUUUAUACCCAAGUUGUAUUCGAAAGACGGAUUUUGUUAUUCUGCACGAUCCUCGUGGGACUUUUGGUUUGCGUGUGGGCAGUCUCAAUUGCAACCGACCAUUGGCUGGUGGCCUACACGUCCCCGAAUGAGAAGAUCGUCGUCGGGGAGUCGGGUGCCAGGAAUGGGACCAGAAUCUUCCUCAAUGGGCACUCCGGGCUUUUCAGGACCUGCAGUUACGGCUAUGUGCAGGAUUAUCUUAACGGUUCCGACACUAUGCCUUAUAAAGAGUGCGUUCAGAAUGAAAUGUUUCCGAUUGAGAUGAAAUCGAAACGAGAACGACGACCUGACGCGGAUAAGACACUUAUAAACUAUUCAAGAACAGAUGUAUCAUUCGCUAUUAUAAGCACGUUCGUUAUGAUGAUGGGUUUUGGAUUUUCGAUUUAUACUUUUCGAAAUCCACGAUACAUGUUUAAGAGAUUAGCCGGAGGCAUUCAUUUUAUUACAUGUGCAUGUGUAAUGGUAGUAAUACAGGUGCUCUUAUCAUCGAGGGACUACGGAAGUAAGCGCGACAACUGGAUUUUUCCGAAGUCUGUGGAAAUCUUUGCUGGAUACUCCUUAAUUCUCGCCUGGUUCGUAUUUCUCGGCAAUUUGCUCUCGGGCUGCGCAUUCAUGCUGUUCUCGAGGAAACGAAAACGUGACCGGGCACCCAAUGACGAGCUUGCUAUGGCCGAUGAACCGACGAUUAUCGGUCGUUGAGAGACCUAUUCCUUUUCACUUAUUCGAGCAAGCCAUUCAUUUGUCAAAGCUGAGAAAAUUCCUCCUGUAUUCAGAUGUUAAAGCAAGAGAGAUUAAAAUUUCUCCAC